GGCGUCUUUCCGAAGUGUCACAGUUAACUCAGAGGAGGAAAGUUUGACCCAAACACGGUGAAGAUGUCAAACGCCGCGAGGGGCCGACAAGAUAGUGCGGCACUGUUUGUUCUAUCCGCAGUAUGUUUAGCCUUAAUAACAAUUAUCAGCGUUUGGAAAUUAAAGAAAUUCAAAUACAGGCUCAUUAAUGAAGCUGGAGGUGCAAUGUUUUACGGUGUCUUUCUGGGCUUAGCCAUCAGGUACUUGUGGAUGGACCGAGAGGAGCAUUCGGAGAACAUGGGCAGCAUUUGUUCUUGCCACGGUCUAAACGACACCCCUCACGUCAUAAUGGUCAGCAUCUCAUCCCACGAGCACUGUUACAGACUUAUUGAAAAGAAGGGCCAACGAUGCUCGCAUCUCCCAAGUCCUCACACGGCUAUGCUUGAUCCGCAAAUCCUGUUCGACCUUUUCCUGCCACCCAUCAUCUUCUUUGGGGCUUACACCCUGAAUCAGAGGCGAUUUGUGGAGAAUCUGGGCUCUAUUGUGACCUAUGCUUUUCUGGGCACCAUGAUCAGCUCCUUGUGCAUAGGGGCCCUUGUCUACGGCUUCACCAGACUCAUGGUGCUUCUGAGACGAGCGGCAGAUGGAGAGUUCUCCCUCACUGACUGCCUCCUGUUUGGUGCAAUCAUGUCAGCCACUGAUCCUGUCUCAGUCCUCGGGCUAUUGUCGGACCUACGUGUGGACUCGGAUUUACACACCCUGCUGUUUGGCGAGAGUGUCCUUAAUGAUGCCGUGGCCAUUGUCUUGACACAUGCCAUCACCUCCUAUGACCAGAUGGAAACAGGAAACGUCUUUCAGACACCUGCCUUCUUUCGCUCUGUUGGUUUCUUUGUCGGAGUGCUCAUUGGCUCCUUCCUCCUUGGAUUCAUAUUCACAGUAAUAACAGCCCUCUUCACCAAACUCACCCGACUCCAUGAGAGUCCUCUGCUGGAAACAUCAAUCUUCUUCCUGCUGUCCUGGAGCAGCUUCCUCUCAGCAGAAGCCUGCGGACUGUCAGGCAUUGUGGCAGUUCUGUUUUGUGGCCUAAGCCAGGCAAAGUACACAAAUCUCAAUUUGUCGCACGAGGGGAGCACAAGAACCAAACAGCUCUUUGAAGUCCUCAACUUCCUCGGGGAGAUUUUCAUCUUCGGCUACAUGGGAUAUAUAUGGUUUACAUUUCGUCACCAUGCCUUCAGAGCUCUCUUCAUCUCUGGAGCAUUUUUAUCCAUUUUUAUUUCAAGAGCCUGCAACAUCUACCCUUUGUCUUUCCUGAUAAACCUGGGUCGCACAAAGAAGAUUUCCCGCAACUUCCAACACUUCAUGGUGUUUGCAGGUUUAAGAGGGGCUGUUUCUUUUAGCCUGGCUGUAAGAGACACUUCAACAGAAGCACGACGCACCAUCCUCACCACCACUCUGCUUCUGAUUGGCUUCACCGUCUGGGUGCUGGGUGCAGCUGCCGAUCCCCUGCUGGGCCAUCUGAACCUCAGAGUGGAAGAGGAGACAGACGGCAACCUUCAGGAUGUUUCCUCUGAGGUUGAUACCGAGAGGCAGGACACAUCACAAAGCCUAUGGCACCGACUGGACCACCGAUAUCUAAAGCCCCUGCUGACCCACUGCGGCCCCCCGCUGACCGACUCACUGCCACAGUGGUGUGGUAGGUUUGCUGGAGUCUUCUGUGGCCACCAAAAGCAGGAGGAUGAGGAGCAGCCCUUUGAGACUGAACCAGAGAACUUUGACAUCAAUUUGGAGAAAUCUGAUCUUCCGUCCACACAGAGCAGCGACUCUGGGUCAGAGCAGCGAGAGGACCUGCUGGAGGGAGAUUUGGGCCUCGGCACCGGAGCGGCUCACGUCAUUGAGGAGUGAAUUUUCCCACUCUAACUUUACCUUAUCAUUCCCCACUCCCCUGUUGCCUUAAUGCUAGCCCCCACCUCCCACAGAGCGCAGGGACCAUGGUCUGUGUAUUUCAAAGCCACCGAGUGGGAGUUUGUUACUGUGACUCGCAUAAGGUCACACAACCCCCAUGUGCCGAGUUGUGUGCAAAAACACACUCACGCUGGAAGGAAGAGACAAUUAGUGGAGGCUGGCAUUCUUCCUGUUUCUCUGCUGGAGAUGUAUUGUCCUGCUUUGUUUUUAAAUUUAUUUUCAUCUGCAGGAGCAUGUCUGUAAAUUAGAAUGUCAUCAAAAAGUUAAUUUAUUUCAAUUCAAAAAGUGAACCUCAUGCAUAGAUUUAUUACACAGAGGAAUCUCACAAGAUAUUAAAAGAUAUAUUUUUUUUUUAACAGAGAGGCUAUUUAAUGGGAGUGGUACAUUCUGCAGACUCCUGGGGGAUACGGUCGAUUUGACAGUCCUCCACAAGGAGUUUAAGUUGCAACAGGUUAAUUGCUAAAGGAGCUGGCUGCUCUUCGAGUGCUGUAUACAAAAUAUUAAUGAAGAGUUGAGUGGAAGGAAAAACUAUUAUAGGAAAAGGUCCACAGCCAACAGGGAUAAUGGGAUUCCAGCCUGACGCCCAUUCAAGAGCAGAUGAAGUCAGCGCUUUAGAAGUUAUGUCAUGUUCUGUGAAUGUAAAUAUGUCCUCCAAUGAAGCUUGUUUGUCAAAUUCCCAGUAAUUUUUGAAAAUGACAACCUUUAAGCAGGUAUUAAACGUAGUUUUUAUUGAAACUUUCUGCACUCAAACUGUUUUCUUUUUUUAUAGCUCUGUUUAAGUAUUCUAAUCCUAAAUGUUGGAACUCCGUUAAUCUGUUCAUCUAGUUUAGUGAGUUACUGAAAUGAAAGAACUUUUCAGUAUUAUACUAAUUUAUUAAACAUGACUGCCUUGGACAUAACACUGUGAAGAGAGAGGCUCUUAAGCACCGUUUUUGGCUUAUCCUCCUUGUGAAGACUGUCGGUGACAAAUAAAUGUCUUUCACUGAUCUAUGUAAUAAGCAUUUUUAAAAACUGCGUUUUGGAUUCACAUUACUUAUAAACCAUCUUCAUUUAAAUCAACAGCAACAAAAUGCUUGGGAUAUAUAUUGUUAUCGCUGGUGAAUGGAAUUGGUUACAUUAACUGGACAGAGAUGGUGCACCUAUAAUUUUUAAUUUUUUUAAAUACAAAAGAUGAAGUGACCCUUAUGGUAUGUUUCGUAAGGUGGGAACUCUCUCACCAGCAUACACAGUGAUUGAAUGCCACAGUGUUUCUUCGAAUCACCCAGGAUGUUAUUUCAGUGCCUGUUCUGCUCCUCUUUUCUGCCCAUCUCCUGAUUAAGUUUUCAUUGCAUUUUUGCCCUUUCAGCUGAUUCAAAUCCCCCUACUCAUUUUCCUCCGUGUCCCCCUUAUCGUCCAAGAGCAUUCUGUAAACAUAACGGUUCUGGCUUUUAUUAUAGAACGCGCGUUGUUUCCUUUUUGACUCAUAAAUCUCCGGGCCGUCCCACUUUUAUUCCCCUGGAGUGAAUCAGGGUGCAGUUUGCUGUAGGUUAGGCUUUGUGUAAUACACCCGCUGCCCUUGAAGUGAUCUCUCUUCUAUUUAUGCAACAAAUGCAUGGGUACAUCUGUGGAAUGCAGGUCUGUCAGCUGUUGCUUGCUGAAAAUGUUUACCGUAUAAGCCUGAUAGCAAACCUGAUAAGAGUUGCGCUCUUGAUUAAAGAGCUGAGAACAACAGCCUUUCAUCACAAGUCUCCAGACUAAAAUCCUUAAAAGAGCUGUUUUCUAAAACUAACUAAAUAUAGUGUGAUUUGCUGACACAGUUCUUCUCCUCACUGAUGUAGUAGUUGCCAAUCAGAUCAUUUAUAGGCAGAGGAAGUUUGACCAAAUACAAGGACCUGCUUUUAUGGAGCUCAGUGUUUGCCAGUGGGAAAUAGAAUCAACCCCAAAGCCUAACAAACAAUUCCUUUAUUUUAUAAACGCCACCGUUUUUCUCUGUUAAUUAUGCCAUUUUCUGUAUUUUUCUGUAAUAACAAUCUUCUUAUUGUUAUUUUUCACAAAACUGGAUUUAAAAUUAGCAAGACAGGUGUCUCUCAAAUGAUAAAUGUGCUAUUUGUCUUGUGCUUGAAGUACUUUUUAUGAAUGCAAUGAUUUUAUAUGGUUUAUCUUUGUCUCUGGUUAUUUGCGUUAAACGACACACUUGUUUCUGCAAACAGCGUGAAGUUGAACUAUAAGCACUGAUCACACUGAGAAAAGCGCGAGACUUUCCGUCACACUUCUGUUGUGUCAGCUUACUGUUCUGUUUAGGUUUUUCCCUUUUUUUUCAGUAUCACCUAAUAAAAAAGUUAAUGUCUGACAAAAUAAUGCCUUUUGUUUGCAACCGUUACUUUACUUUUACUUCUUCAUGCAGAUAUGAACUUAUCAUUAAAAUCCCUUCGUUGUAGAAAAACACAUUUUAUCAGCUCCGCUUUGGCUUUUUAUACGAACUCAGUGCAGAUAGACAAAAGCCAAAUCCAACUCAUUCUUAGCUUUAACUCCACAUUUUGCUCAUUUACACGAAGGAAUAAGCUCUAUCAGGGGUUCCUGAGUAGGUGCAAAGUAACCAGACACAAAAUGCACUACGUUUUCCCUGAGACACACAUGGAAUCAAAAAGGUAGGACCCCGCUUUCAAGUCUAACAAACUUAAUACUUUCAAAGUUAGCAUACUGUUGAAGGCAAAAAAUAACCCCACUGUCUUGUUUGAAGUGAUCACUUUUGGUCUCUGUUUUACAUGUCAGUUUAAAAUACUUCACCAAGACAACAAAUAUUAUAGUUCAGUCUAAUAUGUAAUAAUUUAUUUAGUCUGGUAUUAAGUUUAACACUUAAUGAGAUUAAAAAGAACCUAUGAUUAUAUCUGUUGCAGGGUUAAUAUUUACACAUCUCCUAUAGAUAUAUUAAGGCCCAUUACUUUACAUCUGAGGAAUCAGUGAGAACUGAUGAUGCCUUAAAGGAGUGUCUCAUUUCUCAGUUAAUAUUUUAACUUACCCAGACCAGAGAGACACAAGGGGUUUGACUAAUCUUGGAACAAAUUAGUGUUCCAAGACUUUUAAUAAUGGCAACUAAUGACUACACUGGACUAAAAUGUAAGGUCUAAAGAUAGAAGUCUAAAACAAUUCAACUGUUCAAACUGCUCAUCAUCUUGUGAAAGCAUGUGCUAUGCUCACAUGAAACCAUCAUUUAUUAAUUUGGGCACAAUUCGAGAAGGGCACAAAAUGGCAUUUCUGUUUCCCCUUGGAAAUAUGGAAGUGAAAAAUGCGGGAUGUUAAGAGACUCAACAAAGAUGACUGAAUUCUUGAAAUGAAUCAGCUUCAACUAAGUAUUUGUUGUGCUAACCAACAAUUUUUUUAUUUUUAUGGAUUGUUUUCCUCGAAGAGUUUAGUUUGAAUUGUCCUGGAUAAUGUGACAGAAUGUGGGGAAAAAUCAUUUUGUGACAUCACGGUAACCUAGCAUUUUGACAGGGCAUGUAGCUCUUUUAUUCCAUCCAUAUAUUUCAUGCAGAACUAGAUUAAUAAAACUGGGUUGCUGGGUCAUAAUCCAGCAGCUAUUUGUGUGUAUGGAAGAAAGUAAAAGGGAGUCAGUACAAGUCAAAAGGGUGCUACAGAUAAAAAAUAUAUGGGUUUGUUAAAUAUUAAAGCACCUGCACUACUUACCUCCCCAAAAUAAAACUCUGGAUCUAAAAAUAAGUAUUAUAGGAAUUUUUCAAGGGGAAAUAAUUUUAAAACAACACUUCUGAAACUUGUUUAGCCCUAAGAGUUGCACACACUCCAUCCACGCCGAUUAACGGUGAGUGUAAACAAAAGGUAUAUUUACUAAACGCCAUAGGGCACCCCUAGGAUAUGUAGUCAUUGGCAACAAAUGUAUGACAUUGCGGCGGUACGAUUGCUUGCAGAAAUACAGUGUUGUGAAAAAAAACUGUCCCCCCUUACAAAUUUAUUUCACUUUUCUGUCACACUUCUGUUGUUUCAGAUCAUAAAAGUAAUUUCAGUAUCAAACAAAGAUAACCCGAGUAAAUAAAAGAUGAAAUUUGGAAAAGUAUAAUUUCAUUUGUUUAAGGAAAUGAGCCAUCCAAACCAACCCGGUCAUACAACUCCUCCUCUUAUUACACAAUGACUGAGCUAUGAUUAAACUUCGAAAGUUGAGUAAAGUUUUACAUGCUCCACCCAGAGCCUGUUUGACUGUGAAAUAGACGGAAAAAUUUCAAAAAGCAACAUGUCUUACCCCAUGCUGAAAAAAUAAAAAAAAAAACAAAUGAGAAGCAAAAUACUUGAUAAUCAUCAAUCUGAGAGGGGUUACAAAACCUCAGCUACGGCGUUAGAGCUCAGCAAACCACAGUGAGAGACAUUAUCCAUAAAUAAACAUCACAUAAAACAUCAGUGUUUGUUCCCAGUGGGAGACCUGCCAUGAUAACGCAAAGAAUGCAUCAAAAACUCAUCCAGUUCACAAAAUAGCCCAGAACGACAUCUACAGCACUGCAGGGAUCACUUGCCUCAGUUAAGGUUGUUGUUCAUGUUCAACAUCUUGACUACUCUAUGAUACUUCAGAGAAAAUGUUUUAUGGACUGAUGAAAAUAAAGGUCUAACUUUUGGGAGAUGUGUAUCCAGUUUAGCCUGCUGUGAAACUAAAACUAGCAUUUCAGAGAACAAACGUCAUACCCACAGUCAAACAGGGUCAGAGUAGUGUGAGAGUCUGUUGCGUCAGGACUUAGACAAAUUGUCAUAAUUGUUGAAGUCAGGAAUUCUGCUCUCUGGCAAAAAAUCCCAACGGCCAUCAUUUCACUAGCUUAAGUGCUCUUGGAUUACAAAACAGGAAAAUGAUGCAAAGCACCCUUAAUACACCACCGAAUAGCUCAUAAACAAUAAAAAGGAAAAUUUUAGAGUGGUCUAGUCAAAGUCUGGACAAAAAUCCUACAAAAACGCAGUGCCUUGGCCUAUAUUAAAACAAGCAUUGGCCAAAAUUCCUUCAUGGUGAUGUAAAAUAUCCAUUUAAUGUCUGUAAUUGUUGCCAACAAAAUCAGUAAUUAGCCUAAGGGGGCAUAUAUAUAUAUAUAUAUAUAUAUAUAUAUAUAUAUAUAUAUAGGGCCUGGUUGGUUCAAACUGCUUUUUCCCCAAAUAAAUUAAAUCAUAACUUAAACAGCACAUGUUGUUAUUUACUCAUUUUCUCUUGUAACAUAUAUAUUCUAGACACGAGCAAAAUGAGACUGAAUAUUUCUUCAGUUUGAAAAUGUUACACUCACAAAUGAUGCAUAAAGUCGUUUACUGUGAACUUUACUCAAUGCAAUAUAUUUUUUUUUUUUAGAUCAGGUGUUUUCAUAAGAGCAAGCAAUUGUAAACAUUUGAAGAUGGUAGAACAACAGAAUGCUCACACUGACACAAAGAGAGGUUGUCCUGCUCCAGAGUUAUGACCAAAAGUCCACAGUGCAUGUCAACAUCCUACAAGGACGUUGUGACAAAAUGAAAUAACAGUU